AUGGCGUCCGACUUGGUAGAGGAGGUCACCCCUCAGGAAACCGAGUCUCAACUCGUGGUCAUGUUCAAGACCGCAUCGCUGGUCAAAGUCAAUGGUCGUGGCUUGGAGACUGUGAGCGAAAAUGUCGCUCCGGUACAGGCCGUACUCGACCGCCACCAUGCAUCGCUGAAACUCCUCUUCGGCCAGGACGAGAAUCGUCUCCGUCGCGAUCAAGAGGAAGUUCUCAAAGCUUCUGCUGAAGAGGGAGAACAAUCGGCGCCCACAGGAGGACUGCCCGGGGAAGAGCCAUCUGGUGAAUCUGCGGGUGGGAAUUUGCCUGAUAUGGCUAGUUUCUAUUAUGUCGAUGGCCCUGUCGAGAAUUUAGAGAGUCUUGCGGCAGAGCUCAACGAGCAGAAUCUGAUCGAGGCAGCAUAUAUUGCACCGCCCGCGUCUCUACCACUGCUUGUACAGCCCGUCGUUUCGCCCCACGAUAUGGACGUGCCUCCUUUAACGCCCAAUUUUGAAGCGCAUCAAGUCUAUCUCGGGCCGGCGCCAGCAGGAAUUGAUGCGAAGUAUGCGCACACAGUCCCUGGAGGCAAAGGCGCAGGCAUGAAAAUUGUUGACUGCGAAUGGGGAUGGCGGUUUACACAUGAAGAUCUGAGGAUGCUCCAAGGUGGCGUUGUCGCUGGCACAAAUGCCACCGACCUUCACUACGUUAAUCACGGCACGGCCGUAUCUGGAAUUGUCAGUGGGGAUGUCAAUAACAUUGGAAUUCUCGGUAUUGCACCAGAUUCCGUCUUCUAUGGCUCGUCCUUCGUCGGUCAAUCAAUCGCUGUUGCCAUCAAAGCCGCCGCUGAUAAGCUACGGAGAGGGGACGUUAUACUCCUCGAGGUCCACAGACCGGGUCCAAAGACGCCAAGCCCGCCCCAAGGCCAGAAGGGCUUCAUUGCGGUUGAAUGGUGGCCAGCCGAAUUCGCCGCAAUCCGCUAUGCGGUCAACAAGGGCAUUGUCGUGGUUGAAGCCGCGGGCAAUGGGUCAGAAAACUUGGAUGACCCAAUCUACAAUAGGCGACCCACGGGCUUUCCCACUUGGUGGCGAAACCCUUUCAAUCCGCAAAAUCCUUCCUCGGGUGCAAUCCUUGUUGGCGCCGGGUGUCCUCCGGCAGGAGUUCAUGGACGGGACUAUGGCCCUGACCGCUCCCGUCUUGACUUUUCCAACUACGGUUCUCGGGUAGAUUGUCAAGGCUGGGGCAGGGAAGUCACUAGUACCGGAUACGGUGACUUGCAAGGCGGCGUGAGUCAAGAUCUAUGGUACACAGACAUCUUUAGCGGUACAUCGAGUGCUUCUCCAAUGGUUACGGGCGCAGUGUUGUGUGUCCAAGGCAUUAGGAGAAGGGAUGGCAGACAACUUCUUACUUCCCCAGAGUUUCGAAGGCUGUUGCGGAACACGGGCUCGCCGCAGCAACCUGGUCCAGGGGCACCAGUUUCGCAACGAAUCGGGAAACGGCCGAACUUGAAGGAACUGAUUCCCGCAGCUAGGAGACUUCCCUGA